ACACACACACACACACACACGCGUGUGCACACACACAAACACACACGCAUUAACAUGUCAGUUAUAAUGCAAAACUGGGUCCCGGCUCACGAGAGGAAAGCCUGUAGGCCCGCCCUCCCCCGGGGAAGAGCGAGCAUCAGCCGGCCCUCCUGGCUGUGUUGAUAGUGAAACAUCCUUCCUCUCGUUCACUCAGAGACCGCACGCACACGCACACUCACUCAGACCAACACACGUGGACUCCGGUCCAGGGAACCACCAACUUCUUCCAUCGGUGUGCUUUCCCCUUGUGUGGAGUGGAAGCCGGGCUCUGACUGCAGCAGAGGGGAUGGAUGCUUAGGACCGGGCAGCAGAAAAAGGAGGGUGCGGGUGGUAUCAGUCCUUUCCUGGCGAGGCCAUCGUGGAGCCAAGUGUGAUUACCUGAUUACCAGUCAGUCUGGAGGAAGGGCAACUACAGAGUUAUUUGUCAAGACCAACGGCUGUGCUAUAAUUCUGUUGCACAAAGCCAGGCAGCGAGCCAACGGCUUCCUCUCACUGUUUGCUUAACGUAUGAAAACCGUGGCAGCUGGUCUCCGAGGUCAUGAAGCGUGUUCUCUGCUCCCGUGGGUAUAACCUGACCUCCACCCCCAAGACCACCACCCCCACCUCCCCCACCACCCCCACCACCCCCAGUACUCCCACAACGCCGCCGGCCCCCACCCCAUGCCUCCACCUAUGCCGGCAGCGCCAUGGGUAGCGUCAGCAGCCUCGUCAACGGGAACAGCGUCCAGGAGAAACACUGCCAGGCGUCGGACCCCCAGCUAAAGAAGGGGGCGAGCCACCAGCACCACCCCCAGCACCACCUCCACCCCCCUCCGGCCCGGAGGGCGGGGGGCCGCAGCCUGCUGUCUGAGGGCCUGCUGAACUGCGGCCUCGGUCAGGGGUCCUCGUCGUGUGCGUCCACGCGCCCCCCCGCUAAGGGCCUCUCUCAUUCCAGGUCGGGACGGAGCGAAGACUUCUUCUACAUCAAGGUAAGCCAUAAACCCAGGGCUGUGUACCAGCGAGUAGGACCAAUGGACAACCACAUCUCCACAGACGAUGGCAGUGGGGAAUCCAAAGGGCGACAGCCACUGAAACUGCUGCCAGUGUUGGGCAAGAAGGCGGAGAGGGCGCCCGCUGCCAAGUUAUAUAUUCAUCCCACUGCCUCGGAGUCGGGGGUUCCUAGGAGCUUGUCUGCAACCCAGGGCCAGAACAACCCGGACACUCUCUGCCUCCGGGAGACCACGAAGAGCCCUGACAUCCACAGACACAAACAAGAUACCUUCUCAGGAACCCUUUCCGACUCGGGGCGUAACUCCAUGUCCAGCCUUCCCACCCACAGCACCAGCGGGAGCGUCAGCACGGCCGCGGGCCCCGCCGUGUUCCUCACUGUCCACGGCUCGCUGUCGGGGCACGCCCUCAAUCAGGGGGCCCCUCCCAACGUCCCCCCGUGGUGCGGCGUGAACGGCGCUAACCUGGGCCCCCGAUACAACGACGGAGGGCUACCGGCUGUGGCCAAUGGCGACUCCGGAGCGCGGCCCCCCACGGAGGACCCGGGCCCUCUGACGGAGACGGGGGCCGGCAGCCGCUCGCCCAUCAACACGGAUGAGCUGCUGAUUGAGCGCCUGGAGCAGAGGCUGCUGGAGAGGGAGUCGGAGCUGCAGGACCUGCAGGUGAGCUUUGAGGAGAAGGAGGAGAACACGUGCCAGCUGUUUGAGGAGCGGCAGCGGUACUGCGCGGACGAGAUGGAGGGGCUGAAGCAGCGCUGCUCCACCAAGCUGCGGCAGGUGUCCCAGAGAGUCACCAGGAACCACCAGGCCCUGCAGCAGCAGGUCGCCACGCUGCAGGCCGAGAAGGAGAGGCUUCAGGAGGACAUCGCUAAGCUGACCCAGGAGAAGGAGCUGGCUGAGGUGAGGCUGAGGUCCUACGAGACCACCAACACACAGCUAGCGCCCACGCUGGAGGAGAUCCAAUGGGAGAUUUGCCAGAAGUCCGGGGAGAUCUCGCUGUUGAAGCAGCAGCUGCGAGACAGACAGACGGACGUCAACCACAAGCUGAACGAGAUCGUGAGCCUCAAGUCCGCGCUGAAGGAGAGCAAGAGCCGAAUAGAGGCGCUGGAGAGACACAGCAGCGAAGACAAGGACCAGAUCCAUUCUCGCACCGUUGAGGUGGAGGUGUGCCAAAAUGAACUCCAGCGCAAGAAGAACGAGGCGGACUUACUGCGGGAGAAGGUGGGCCGGCUGGAGACAGACAUCCAGGGCAUGAAGCAGGAUCUGGCCUCAGCCAAAGAGCAAAGGCAGAAACACUGUUUGAAACUCGAAGCUCAGGCCCAGAAUCUAGACAAUGAAACGGGCUCGCAGAGCCCGGAGCAAGCCGCAGAGGGGACUAGAGGAGGAGGAGGAUGUGGAGGAGGAGGAGGAGGAGGAGGAGGAGGAGGAGGACGAGGAGGAGGAGGAGGAGGCACCACCGACGCCCUCCAGAGAGAGGUGGAGAGACUGCAGAAACAGCUCAGAGAGGAAGUGGAGUCUCGGGAGAGUCUGGCCAGCAGCUUCGAGAAGGAGCGGCGUACAUGGAACAAGGAAAAGGACAGGGUGAUCCGCUACCAGAAGCAGCUGCAGAACAACUACCUGCAGAUGCACAAGAAGAACCUGGACCUGGAGCGUAUCCUGAAGGAGCUGAGCGCCGAGCUGGAGAGCAGGACCGAGCUGGACAUAGACGCCCCUUACUGCACGGGGCUGCAGACGUACGACGAUGUGAUCGCCACAGAGAUCUGAGGAGCGUGCGUGUGUGGGAGUGACGCCAGGGCGGGAGCGGGGGGUAGGAGAGACACAUGGGGGGGGGGGGUUAAUCCACUGGCACCUAGAUGUUGUCACACUGAUGCAGUAUGGUAACAGAUGUUACACACCGAGUCUAGAUACAACGACACAAACGACUGAUCUACUGAAGUUCACCUGUCAACACGUUUGCUUGACAGUAAAAACACAAUGCCUCUGUUGUUUAUUUAGCACUAAGUCCUCAGGUCCAUAAAAGAAAGUACUAUUCAAAUUCAGGUUAAUGCAACAAAAAAACAUAAAUUAUACAUUCCUUUUGUUUAGAGAUCAAUAGAAAAACAUGGCUGCCCGUUCCCCUUGUAAUCGUUUUUUUCAUAAGGGUAACUCUUCGUUUAUCAUUUUGUCAUGAGAAACAACAUUUAUUAGCUGCCACAGCUGAUGAUUUAUCCAUGGUGUGAUUAAUGUCUCACAGUGACACAUGAUGAGCACAAUAAUCAACUAGCUUCACUCUGGGGCCAGCAUGACAAAUGAACAGGAUGAAACAGGCCUAUGAGGUCGCUUGGUCAAGUCUGUAAUUAACUAACUGAUAUUUGGUAGAGCUACACUGGUUGUGAUAUUAUAGUAACAAUAAUAGAUGUUUACAUGAGUCUAUCUUAAUAUAUUUAUUUUUUAGAUGAUACUGAAAUAAAACAGAUAGACAUAGAACAAGACCAUCAGGUUUUCAUUUAAAAUGUUUAAAACAAUCGAUCACAAAGUGGCUUUCUGUCAGUUCAGGAAUAAAAUAGAAAAAUGUAUUAGGUAUUACAUACAUCAUUCUUUCACUUUUUGAUAGAUUUUGUCAACAUGAUAUAAGUGUUUUUAGCAAAGGAUAUUAAAAGCUCACACUUUGAUGGAUGGAUCACUACACGUAUGGAUUUCCACCUAACAUUAAACGGCUGAGUGUAUCACUAGAGAAAACGUCCACACACUGGAUGUGUGUUCAUGUAUUACUAAAUAAUUCCUGAAUGAAAAUAAAUACCAUGACUGCACUGUGUUUGAGAGUGAUCAGAAUUGAGGUAAUACUGCAAAAACAAAAAGGGAAUGUCGCAAAUUUCACUUCAGAUAUUAUCACUUCUGAUGUUAUUGUGUUUCCAAGAUUCAAUAUAAAUUCAUUAUGCCACUGAA